UUUAAAAAAGAGAGAAUAUGUAGGGGUUCGAGUAGUUUAGUGUUAGAUGCAGAGCGAGAUGUAUAAAAAAUGAAUGAAUAUUUAGGGGCUCGAGUAGUUGUGGAGUUAGAAGUGGAGAUAGGAGAGCGUUGGGAAUCGAGCAGGAGGAGGAAAGGAAAGAGACAAGAACGCGGCCCAUACCCCACUUGCCCACGCGCAGGCUGCCCCACUGCCACAACCCUAAUUUCUGUCCAAAAGAAACAACCUUAAAAAAAACCAUGGUUCGCGGGCCAAAAAAAGCAGUUUUGAUUUUAUAUUCCUAUUUGGGCUUUAUUUGUUUUGUCCCGUUCACGAUGCUUUAUUUUUUAUUUUUUUACUUAUAGCUCGGGGGUGCUGGUCUUUAUUCCUGCUGCUGGGCGAGAGAGAUCAAUCGAUGGGAUUUCGAGUCUCCCAAGAGUCGAACCUGUGACAUGAGGGCAAAAAAUUGAGUCAUUCUGAGCUUAGCCUCCUCUCCAAGGGCUUACGGCUGAGUGCUCAGGGCUGAGGGCUGAGGGCUGAGGGAUUCUCCAACGCAUGCCACCCACAGGCUUGUGAGAAUUCAACUGGGUAUAUAUGGAUUCGAUCCUUGGUACGGUGCACAGGCAUUCUCUUGCCCUAAAAUAGACUCCAAGGGAAUCAAAAUCAGUGUUGGAAUUAAGUUUAGUGUUCCUGGACUCCCAGGGAAUUGAAAUUGAAAUCUCUUCACUUGGGCUCCAAGGAAUUGAGAUUUCUCUGCUUGGGCUCCAAGGAAUUGAGAUUUCUCUACUUGGGCUAGAUUUCUCUACUUCGGCUCCAAGCAAUUGGAAUUAGUGGGGGAGGAGAAGACAGUAAAGGAUUGUAUAGGAGAGGAGAGGGAUUGGGUUUUGUUUUUGAAGUGAAAUUCAGAACGCAGAGCUGGCAAACCGGUGGUGGACAGGGAAUGUGGGCAUGCCGGGCGUGGAUCCCGGCGGGGCGUCCGGGCACGGGCCUGGCCCAGGCCAUGGGCACGCCUCUGCUCAUGCCCACGGUAUGCAAUCCACCAGAGACCUGCAGAACACUUCGGAGGACGAGAACAGCGGGAACAGCGGGCUGAAGAAACGAGGGCGUGGGGAGAACAGCAAUACUGUGAAUAACAAUAACAAUAAGGACGAGGGGCAGCACUCAGGAGAAGGCGGAGACGGCAACAGGCGUCCCCGCGGACGUCCACCGGGCUCGAAGAACAAGCCGAAACCGCCCAUAAUUAUUACCCGUGACAGCGCUAAUGCGCUGCGUGCUCAUGUCCUGGAAAUCGCCAAUGGGUGUGAUGUUGUGGAGAGCGUUGCGACCUUCGCGCGCAGGCGGCAGCGUGGUAUUUGUAUUCUGAGCGGCAGUGGAACGGUGACCAACGUGACUCUGCGUCAGCCGACUGCGCCCAACGCGAUCGUGACUCUGCACGGGCGCUUCGAGAUCUUAUCUCUGUCCGGGGCUUUUCUUCCUCCACCUGCUCCACCUGGGGCAACGGGUCUGACGAUUUAUCUGUCGGGUGGGCAGGGCCAGGUUGUGGGAGGGAGCGUGGUGGGAGCGCUUCUGGCUUCUGGACCAGUAGUGGUGAUCGCGGCAACGUUUAUAAAUGCAACAUAUGAGAGGCUUCCUUUGGAUGAGGAGGAACCGCCGAUGCAGUUGCAGGGUCCGAACGCCGGUGGACCUUCGCUUCAAUCCUCGGGUCUCACGGCAUCACAGGUUCAGCAAAUGACGGAUCCAUCGGUGAACAUGCCCAUCUAUAACGUUCCUCCUAAUCUGCUCACCAAUGGCCAACUGCCUCAUGACGUUUAUGCGUGGGCUCAGGCCCGCCCACCUCCGUAUGUUUAGUACCUGACCUUUCUGUCAGAAACGAAGAACCUGAGGAUCAGCCUGUCUUGACCGGGCGGUCACUUGGCUGCCUUGCUUCUUCCCCUUGCGCUUUGCCCCUUGAUGAUGAUGAUGACGAUGAUGAUGAUGGCAGACCUUUAUGAGGUCAGCGAAUUCAUAAAACUGGAACGAAAAAGGAAGGAGAUUUUAUGUACAAAUUAUAACCCAGAGUUGUAUUGUGGUUUAUUCAUUUUUAUUUUCAGGUUGGGUUUCGUCAUGGUGAUUGGGUGAUCACCGGCCUGAACAUGAGCCAGAAGAGAAAAAAAACACACAUAUUGUUACCUAGCUAGCUUACUUGCUGCUGCAUCUCAGGUGUAAUGGAAAAAGGUUUCUUUUGUUUUCGUUUACUUAUCCUUUGUAAAGGUUGCUAGAUCUAAUUUUAAUUCAAAUUUUCUUC